AUGGAGCCGUCGCCCCUGACGAGGCAGCUCCCGCCCGAGGUCUUCCAGCCAAAGGUGGUGCAUCUUUACGAGUCGCUCUUUAAGGACGAUGAAGACGACGGCGAGAAAUCUGAAGGCUUUUGGCGCGAAUUCUUCCUCCUACGCCCCGACCGCCCUUCCCUCAAGCGCAUUCUCGACGCCCUAAACCCGACCGACCUCCUCCACCUCGAAACCCAGACACGAUCCCUCUUUUCGACAGCCGUGGCCGUGGCUAAAGAUGGGAGGAACGACUCCGAUAUCCAUGCCCUCGAGACUCUGAGCGUAUUCCUGUCCUGCGUGCUGUCGAAAAAGUACGCGCACCCGAGCUCGGCCAUCAUUGCUCUGCUGGCGGGGAUUGAUAAUGUCGACGCGGUGUUGACGGAGUUUGUGGGCGCCAUGGACGGCAUAGCCCGCUCGGGGAGGAAACCUUUCGAGCUACGGCAGAAGGCGGUCGAGGUUCUGCUUGCGUUUACGGCUGGGGCUCACCAGACUACCUUGUUGACCUAUCUCAUCCAACGGGAUCUUUUCCCCUCCAUAAUGAAGUUCAUCCAAGACUGCGACUCAGCGCAAUCCAUCGUUCAACCCUUCACCCUCCUCGGCCUCCUCGCCAACUACAACAAGUUCGAGUUCCAGAACCCCUACCAACUCCGCCUCAGCGACUUCGUCAACGAGGCGACGAUACAAAAGAUCAUACGGUGUGUCGGCGCUACGUGCCAGAAGCUGAGGGGCCAGUAUGUCGACGUCCAGGAUGAUAUUCCUGAGGCGUGGUCGCUCAGUAGUACACUUACGAUGAUUGGGUUGGGGGCUAUCGCUCCUGGGAAGAAGCCGGAAAGGAAAAAGGUGUAUGACGCUGAAACCGUGAAGAGGAUGUUUACGGAGCUACCAGGCGUAGAGGCAGCGAUAUUGCUCGCGACGUAUGAUUUCACGCACGUCAACAAGCUCUUCUGCAUAAACCUCAUAACGCUCCCUCCAGAAAAGGAUGGCGAGCAACCUUUCGCCAGCUACCUCUCUCUCACAUCCUACCUCCUCCAUCAUGCCUACCUCUCAUCGCGAACGACGCACUACUCCCACCUGAGCCUAAUGGUGUUCCGACUCCUCAUCGAAGACGCCAGCAUAUGCCGGCGCAUAUGCAGCGACGACAGCAAAACGACGGUCCGGCUCUGCCGCCAGCGCCAACCGCACCUCCCCCUCGUAAAAGGCGAGCGUCCGCUAGCAGCAGCGCUCCUCGACACCAUGAUGGACGGCAUCAACCACAACCUCCGGCGGCGGCUCGACGUCGGGCUCUACACGCUCUGCGUGGGCAUAACGCUGCGCAUCCUCUCGUACAUGUCGCGCACGAAGACGCGGCUUGCCUACCACUGGGCUGAGCUCUUCCGGUCGCUGCUGUCGCUGAUCCGCUUCUUGACGACGUACACGGCCGACGUCAAGGACCUGCCCAACGUCGGCACGUUGCUCGAUCACGUGGUCAACGUGCUCGCGUUGGCGCUGUCGGCUGGAGAAUCGUUCCUGCCGACGCCGGCGGCGUACGAUGAUUUGUUUUACAAAGUGGUCGAGACGGGGGAUGUGCUGGUUAAGUUUAGGGAUAAUUUCGGGCUAGGGAGUCGGAAUAGUAAUUCGAUUGAUACGCUUGUUAGCGUGAGCACGCACUAUAAGCAGAUGCUCGCGGAUGGAGGGGGAGGAGGGGCUAAGAAGGGCAGGCAGCAGUUGACGAGCUUGCAGGUGGCGGAGGUGAUUAAGCAGGGGUAUGAGACGCUGAGCAUUCAGGCGACGGAAGGGCUGGAUAGGUGGGAGAGGUUUAGGGAGGCGGAUGAGAGGACGCUGUUGAAGAAGAUGGCGAGGGAGGCGGUGGGGGAUGUGAGGUUGUCUGUAGAGGUAGAUGUGUAG